AUGCAACGGUUCAGCCGUCACCCAUCAUUCAUCACCCAUCAUCACCACCGUCUCAUCACUCACUCACUCACUCUACCCCACUCCACUCCACCACUUGACCCAACACACACACACACAUUCGCGACUCCCAACUUCCCUUCCCAUUGA